GUCCGGGCCAGGCCGGGGGAAGCGGAGGGGAGGGGACCCAGGGUGCACCGCGACCAGGAGAUUCCCGGAAGUGACGGAGGCCCGGAACAGGUCGUCUGCUGUCUCCAAGGUGACGGGACUAUGGGGCGGGGCUGGAGGAUGCUACGGUCACGUGGUGGAAAGUAGUAAAGAGCGGGAGAUAUACAUACAGGUUUCUCCGGGGAGCAGCAGAUUCAAACUUCAUGUAAUGAGUAAACGGAAAAGCAAGGACAAGAGUCUCCCCAUAGGAGAAUGUAUUUCUCAGUUACAGGCUCACCUGCGACUGAGGCUGCUUCAGCUUGCCCAACCUGGCAAGAGAUGUGGGGUGGAAUCUCAGCACAAGCACUUAGUAGAGCUUCUGAAGAGAACAGUGAUUCAUGGGGAGAGUAACUCUGUGCUGAUCAUCGGACCCAGGGGAUCAGGGAAGAGUAUGUUGUUGCAUGAUGCUCUGAAGGAGAUCCUGGCAGUGAAAGAGCUGAAGGAGAAUGCCCUAGCAGUCCAUCUGAAUGGUUUGCUGCAGAUAAAUGACAAGAUUGCUUUGAAAGAGAUUACUAGGCAAUUGUAUUUGGAGAAUGUAGUUGGGGAUAGAGUAUUUGGCAGCUUUGCAGAAAACCUUUCUUUCCUUUUGGAAGCUUUAAAAACAGGUGACCGCAGCAGUAGCUGUCCUGUCAUCUUCAUCCUGGAUGAGUUUGAUCUGUUUGCUCACCAUAAGAACCAGACGUUGCUGUAUAAUCUUUUUGAUAUCGCACAGUCGGCCCAGACUCCAAUCACAGUCAUCGGACUCACCUGUCGGCUGGAUGUCAUGGAGCUGCUGGAAAAAAGGGUCAAGUCUCGCUUCUCCCACAGACAAAUCCAUCUGUUGAACUCGUUCAGCUUCUCUGAAUACCGGGAUAUUUUUAAGGAACUUCUUUCUCUAGCUUCUGGAUUUCCAGAUAUGAACUUUGCUGAGCAAUGGAAUACAAGUAUUCAGAGUCUCCAUGAAAAUAAGACUGUGGAAGACAUCCUGCAGAAACAAUUUAAUGCUUCAAAGGAUCUCCGAUCACUGCACAUGUUGUUGCUGCUGGCUUUGUGUCGAGUAUGCGCGUCUCACCCUCAUCUGAAUGCAGCGGACUUUGUAGAGGCAUACAGGCUUCGCAGUGUGGACUCAAAAGCCAAUAUUCUGCAUGGCCUGUCCGUUUUGGAGAUGUGUUUAGUAAUCGCUAUGAAGCACUUACAAGAUACCUACCAAGGGGAGCCUUUCAAUUUCCAGAUGGUCCACAAUGAAUACCAGAAGUUUGUUCAGAGGAAGGCUCAUUCCGUGUAUAACUUUGAGAAGGCUGUAGUGCUGAAGGCGUUUGAACAUUUGUACCAGCUGGAACUGAUCAAGCCAAUGGAAGGCCUUUCUGUACGGACUCAGAAAGAAUAUAGACUGAUGAAACUGCUUCUGGAUAACAGCCAAAUACUGGAAGCCCUUCAGAAAUAUCCCAAUUGUCCAACCGAUGUCCGGCAGUGGGCAAUGUCCUCCCUGAGCUGAGAAGAUUCAUUUUCUGCUUGCUAUAAAGUAGAACCUUAAGCAUGCAAGAUAUCUAGAUGAGACAAGUGAUUUGGCUUUGAAAUACUUCAGCAUUCAGGUCUCAGAAAUCUUUAGUUCUCUGUCCCAUGCUGGAGGUGGGCAGUUUUGAGAUCAGUCCCUGUAAGAAAUUUAAAGGUUAAGUUCACAUUUUGGAAUUUGUUACACGUUCCAACCAUAUUCAGGGUGGAACAUGCAACAGCAGGUGGGGGGGUCUUCUCUCUGCACCUGCCACCAUAAUUUAAAGACAGUGGGCUAGAUUCAGCAAAGAAUUACGCCGGCGUAUCCAUAGAUACGCCGCGUAAAUUCAAAGCUGCGCCGG